UGUUGCUCGUCUCUCACGCACACACACAACAUACGCCACAUGCAUAUUUGUAAAUAUCGUUGGCUGGUCAAAGUCCGUCAGUCGCUCUCAGCACUCCAAAAGAACCACACUCGGCUCCGGGAAAGCUUCAAUUUUUUUUCAUUUUUUUUUUUCCUUCAAAAUGUUGGGUGUGUGUAGAUCGCUGUUUCAAGUAUGUGGCCGCCGGGGCAUCGCCUCUUUGUCAAGUUUGCCGGAAACCCAUCAAAUGCUUCAAAAAACGUGCAGGGACUUUGCGGAGGGCGAGCUGAAACCCAGGGCCGCGAGAACCGACCGGGAGCACCUGUACCCGGAGGAGCAGAUAAAAAAAAUGGGCGAACUGGGCCUAAUGGCCAUAACGACGCCCGAGUCCUUGGGAGGGGCGGGCCUGGACUACCUCGCCUACGCCAUAGCCAUGGAGGAGAUAUCGCGCGGCUGCGCCAGCGCUGGGGUCAUCAUGAGCGUCAACAACUCCCUAUACCUGGGGCCCAUCGAGAAGUUCGGCAGCCCCGAGCAGAAGGAAAGGUACGUACGGCCGUUCACCAGCGGCCGCAGGGUUGGCUCGUUCGCCCUGAGCGAGCCCGGCAAUGGCUCGGACGCGGGGGCGGCAUCGACCGUGGCCAAGAAAAACGGCGACGGGUACGUCCUCAACGGGACCAAGUCCUGGAUCACCAGCGCGUACGAGGCUGGGGGUAUAGUCGUGUUCGCGACCACCGACAAGUCCAAGAAGCACAAGGGCAUCAGCGCGUUUGUGGUCGACAAGCCAACCGAGGGUCUCGCCCUGGGGAAGAAGGAGGACAAGCUCGGCAUCAGGGGCAGCAGCACAUGCUCCCUCAUAUUCGAGGACUGCCUGGUGCCCGCCGAAAACCUCCUCGGGGAACCCGGUCUGGGGUUCAAGAUCGCCAUGAUGUCUCUGGACGCCGGUAGGAUCGGCAUAGCAUCCCAGGCCUUGGGGAUAGCGCAAGCUUCCCUCGACUGCGCCAUGGAGUACGCGAGCAAGAGGACGGCCUUCGGCAGCGCGAUCAUCAAACUACAGGCCAUCCAGACUAAGCUGGCCGACAUGGCUCUGAGGCUCGAGGGCUCGAGGCUGCUGACGUGGAGGGCCGCCCACUUGAAGGACCAGGGCAAGCCGUACACCAAGGAAGCUGCGAUGGCCAAGCUGUCCGCGUCCGAGGCGGCAACCUUCUGCGCCCACCAGUGCAUCCAGAUACUGGGGGGGAUGGGAUACGUGACCGACAUGCCCGCGGAGCGUCAUUACCGGGACGCCCGGAUAACCGAGAUAUACGAGGGCACCUCCGAGAUCCAACGACUGGUCAUAGCUGGUAAUCUCGUCAAGGAGUACGGCUUGUAGAUACACACACACACGUGUGGGUAUACGUGUCUCUUCAAACUCGUGGAUGGCUUAAUUACCCCGGUCAUCGUUUUUAAUGACGCGCCGCCGAAUGGCGUGGCUCGUGAGAAUAUAUACAAUGCAAAUUUCAUGCCUAUACAGAAAAAGUGCAAUGUGAUAUAAAAGCAAAUCUAUACGUCGAGUUUUCUUUUUUUCGAAUCGCCAUCGCGUUGCUGGUGGUUCGAACAUAUUUUCAGUAAAUGUGGAUAAAUACGCAUGUAUUUUGUGUAACAAUAUGUAUACAUACGCGAACGCAAGAACGAUGUUUGUGCUAUAUUUUUUCUACAACGCAUGAGGAUUCAAUAAAUUUUAUACUUUAUUA